GCUAAAGCAAACAAUUAACAAAACAAUUUUAAGAAAUUCUUAAACAUAAAAUCAAAAUGUUCAAAUUUGCUGCCAUUUUCGCCACCUUGUGCUUGAUUUCUGCUGCCAGUGCCGGUCUAGUGGCCACUCAUCAUGUGGUGCAUGAGCCCGCCUUGGCCAAAGUCGGUCAUGUUGUUCAUUCUGCACCAUCGUCUGUGUCUCACCAGAGCAUUACCCAGGUUCACAGUCAAACUUCUGUGGUAGAACCUCUCUUGGCGCCUGUGGUUAAGACCACCAUACACAGUGCUCCUGUCUUACACGCACCUGUUGUCCACACUUACCAUGCUGCCCCAGUUGUACACUCAGUUCCUGUGUUGCACUCAUCACCUUUGGUAACAGUACACCAUUAAAUGGGUUAAAGUUUAUUGUUGUUAUUUCUCUUUACUUAUUUUGUUUUUAAUUUUAAAUAAAUUUCAAUGCUAACAAAA